AUGGGGAUAGUGUUACUUAAUAAUGUCAGUUAUUUACUUAUUAUAACUAACGCUACUUUAUAGUUUUUAUGCGCUAGGGAUGUUUUCAUAAAUAAUAUUCUACUUCAUCAAUAAAAAAUUACCAUAUCAAAUGGCUAUUUCUACAUUAAUAAUUAGUCCUCUUUUAUUAUUAAUAAUACUAAAAAGAAAAAAAUAAUAAAUUUAUAAUAUAAAAUCAAUAGCAUAUCUCUUGAGUUCAUUAUGUAUCCUGAUAUACAUUGCCUAUAUUUUAUAAAUAUUCUCAAGUUAACUUAAAAAAAAUGA